AAGCCCCGCCGCUAGCUCUACGCUUCCCUAUUCACCCACGCCGGCAGCGCGCGCCGCAGCUCGAGGCGCUCGCGCGCGGUCUCUAGGCUCCUCCACCCGCCCGCCCCCCGCGCAUCGGGACCCGACGCUCCCUGGGGGCCAUGGCCGCGUGCAGGGACCGCGUGCGCCUCCGAGAUGCCGGGGAGAAGGGCGCCUCCAACGGGGAGAUCGGCCCGCAGGACGCCGGCAACGGGGCCGUCUUCCCCGCGCCGGGCUCCCCCUCCAAGGCCGCCCGCGUGCGGGGCUGCCUGCGCGCCAACCUGCUGGUGCUGCUGACGGUGGCCGGGGUGCUGGCCGGGGUGGCGGUGGGGCUCGGCGUGCGGCAGGUGCCGGGCGGGCUGAGCCGCGCCGGGGUCCUCGCCUUCUCCUUCCCCGGCGAGCUGCUGCUGCGCCUGCUGAAGAUGAUCAUCCUGCCGCUGGUGGUCUGCAGCCUGGUCUCCGGCGCCGCCAGCCUGGACCCCGCCGCCCUGGGCCGCCUGGGGGGCUGGGCCAUGCUCUUCUUCCUGCUCACCACGCUGCUGGCCUCGGCCAUCGGGGUCAGCCUGGCCUUCAUCAUCCGGCCCGGGGAGGGGGCCGCGGCGCCCAGCCUAGGGGGCGAGGGGGGCGGAGCCGUGCCCGAGGCCAAGGAGGUGGCGGACUCCUUCCUGGAUCUCAUCAGGAACAUCUUCCCUUCCAACCUGGUGUCGGCGACAUUCCGCUCGUAUGCUACCCACUACAAGCUGGUGGUGACCAGGAAGAACAUCACCGAUGAGCUGGGAGUUUUCAAUGAAACUGUCACAGAGGAGAAGGUUCCCCUGGGAGAUGAGGUGGAAGGGAUGAACAUCCUGGGUUUGGUGGUUUUUGCCAUUGUCUUUGGGAUCGCUCUGCGGAAGCUUGGGCCCGAGGGGGAGAACCUGAUAAAGUUCUUCAACUCCUUCAAUGAAGCCACCAUGGUGCUGGUCGCCUGGAUCAUGUGGUACGCUCCCCUUGGUAUCAUGUUCCUGGUGGCUGGCAAGAUUGUGGAGAUGGAGGAUGUGGUGGUUCUCUUCACCAGCCUGGGCAAGUACAUCUUCUGCUGUAUCUUAGGGCACUUCAUCCACGGCUUCAUCCUCCUCCCAGUUAUCUACUUCAUCUUCACACGCAAGAACCCCUACAGGUUCCUCUGGGGCAUCUUCACAGCGCUGGCCACUGCCUUCGGCACCUCCUCCAGCUCUGCCACGCUGCCGCUGAUGAUGAAGUGCGUUGAGGAGAACAACGGCGUCUCCAAGCACAUCAGCCGCUUCAUCCUGCCCAUCGGGGCCACGGUCAACAUGGACGGGGCUGCCCUCUUCCAAUGCGUGGCGGCCGUCUUCAUCGCCCAGCUGAACAACAUCCCGCUCAACUUCAUCCAGGUCAUCACCAUCCUUGUCACAGCUACAGCCUCCAGCGUAGGGGCAGCGGGGAUCCCUGCUGGUGGCGUCCUCACCCUCGCCAUCAUCCUGGAAGCCAUCGGGCUGCCAACCAAUGACAUCUCCCUCAUUCUGGCUGUGGACUGGCUUGUGGACCGCACCUGCACCGUCCUCAACGUGGAAGGAGACGCCUUUGGAGCCGGCCUCCUGCAGGUGUACACAGAGAGGACAAUGGGGAAGGCGGAAGCCGAGGAGCUGGUGGAGAUCAAGACUGAGUCCCUGGGCCCCAGCAAGGUUCCAGGCGAGGAGGAAGGCUCCCCACUGAUCAAGAGAGACGGGCCCAUCCUGCUGGCUGCCGGUGGCUCCUGCGAGAAGGAGUCUGUGAUGUAAUCAGCGCCCGGAGCGUGGUCCUGGUCGGAGACUUUUCCUUUUGUAGGGUUCCUUUUUAAAGAUGUCAAUCAGGGCAGAAACGGGCCACUUCCGGUUUUCUUAAGCCGUGAACCUCCUGGGCAGAGGCAGUCUCGGUGAGGGGGCUGAUUAGCUCGAGACAAUCCUGACAGCUCUCUAGAGUGACCCCCUGACACCCACCAAUCUGACUUGUGUUCAGGGAGCCGGAAUCUAGGCUGGGCUUCCAGCCUCACCUCUUAUUCCUUUUCUGUGUCGAUCCCAUUCUCCUGACACGGGGGCUGCAGCCUGUACUGGCUCAGGGGCCUCUUCAAUCACUCCUUGCCUCUGACCUUCUGCUGGCUGCCCUCCACCCUUGCCCCCUUCCUGUUAAUUUUCUGGACCAAGCAAAGCACCUGAACUGGCCUCCCUGCGCUUUAAAUGUGCUGAAGCAUC